AAUUACAUACUUACGUCUUAAAUAGUUGAACAGAUAUUUUUAAACUUAGAGAUCGAGGGAAAAAUGCUGGAAGAACUGUCAAGAAUCCAUUAGGCUAGAAAUUUUCGUACAGCAGAUGCAGCUGCAGAGAAAUUUGAAGAAAUUUGCAGCAACAAUUUGACACAGGAAAAGAGAAGGUUGCUCGAUUUUCAGGACUAAUUUUUCCAAAGUUUCCGCCUACUCUUCCUUUGUUGAAAAGAAAGGGGUGCAUCUAAUUUCAUGCGCUUUCUGCGCACCUUCUAGCCCUAUGUCGUGAGUCAUACUAUACGCGUCCAUUUCAUGUUUUCAAAUCCACGAAAAGAAUCUGCGAGAGGAAAAUGUUUACCUACCUAGCUUUUGGUGCUCAAUAAGUAGUAGACCGAAACCUAUAAAUGCAUACUGAAAUGCACAGAUUUAAAAGUUCGGAACGCUGGAAGGAAUUUUGAGUGGGCGGAGAUAACUUUAGUGUUUGCCAAGUUUUUCUUUGUAGCGAAUCUGAAAGAGAGUAAGUAAAAUGGAUCUUUUCCAUUUAGUUUACGCCUCCGCGCUGACAGCUAAGCAUCAUUUCUUCUCUUCUCAUACGAAUCUAUCAAUUAAGUGGUUACACUUUUCUCUGGUUUCGCGCAGCGGUUCUGAGUGAGGUCAUAUAAUCUUGAAUUUUAGUGUCAUCUCUCCUGCGCUCUAGAGGAUAAUGUCCAAUACUCCGAGGAUUCCGAGUAUGAGUUCCCCUGCCCGUACAUCGACGGAUGGUUAUCAGAAAGGGAUUGUUAAUGAUGACGAGGAACAGGGAACAACGAGAAGUAAUAUUUGGGAUAUUCCGAACAAAAAGGCACCGCUCGAGAGGCUCAGGAAAUGGAGGCAAGCAACAUUAGCCUUGAAUGCAACUCGGCGGUUCAGGUAUACAUUAAAUCUUAAAAGGGAAGAGCAAAGGGAAGAAACAAUAAGCAAAAUCCGAGCCCAUGCUCAAGCUGUAAGGGCAGCCCAUCGUUUUAAGCAGAUUGGGGGUGAGAAAAAAAAAGAGGACGACGAUAAGCCCCCAGAGGGCUUUGGAAUCAGUGCAGUAAAGCUUGCACAGUUAGUCAGGGAUAAAGACUUUGAUAGUCUACAGCAGAUAGGAGGGGUAAAGGAGGUAGCAAAGCUCCUACACACUGAUGCUGAUAAGGGUAUUAAAGAAAACCCUGAAGAAUUGCUAUGCCGUAGAAAUGCGUAUGGGGAGAAUACUUAUCCCCAAAAGGCUGCACGCAAUUUCUUUGUUUUUCUAUGGGAAGCUUGUCAAGAUACGACAUUAAUAAUUUUAAUGAUUUGUGCGGCUUUGUCUCUUGGGUUUCAAAUAAAGACUGAAGGCAUCAAGGAAGGGUGGUAUGAUGGUGGAAGUAUAGCUUUUGCUGUUAUUCUUGUAAUUUUUGUCACAGCUAUUAGUGACUACCGGCAAUCUCUUCAGUUCCAAAAUCUGAAUGAAGAAAAAAGAAACAUUCAACUGCAGGUUAUCCGAGGGGGAAGACGAUUUAAAGUUUCCAUUUUUGAUCUUCUUGUUGGUGAUGUUCUACCUUUAAAUAUCGGUGAUCAGGUCCCUGCAGAUGGCAUUCUAAUUGAAGGACACUCCUUGUCAAUUGAUGAAUCUAGCAUGACUGGGGAAAGCAAAUUUGUUCACAAAGAUCAGAAAAAUCCAUUUUUGAUGUCUGGAUGUAAGGUAGCAGAUGGCUAUGGAACAAUGCUGGUUACUGGAGUAGGAUUAAAUACUGAGUGGGGUGUUUUAAUGGCAAGUAUAUCAGAGGAUAAUGGGGAAGAAACUCCACUACAGGUUCGUCUAAAUGGUGUUGCCACAUUUAUUGGUAAGGUUGGACUUACAGUUGCAGUUGUUGUAUUAAUUGUCCUUUUGAUAAGAUACUUUACUGGACAUACAGAAGAGACUGCAGACACUAGCAAGUUUAAGGCAGGCAAGACGAAGUUUGGAGAUGCAAUGAAUGGAGUUGUUGAAAUAUUUGCCAUUGCGGUGACCAUUGUUGUUGUUGCCGUUCCAGAAGGGCUUCCAUUGGCUGUCACCUUAACUCUGGCUUAUUCAAUGCGAAAAAUGAUGAGAGACAAAGCUUUGGUGCGUAGAUUAUCAGCCUGUGAAACUAUGGGCUCUGCUACAACAAUCUGUAGUGAUAAAACAGGGACUCUUACCUUGAAUCAGAUGACAGUUGUUAAAGCAUGUGUUGCUGGGGAAAUGAACUUGCCACCAGAGAGUACAUCUGUUGCACACAAUCUUCUUAAGGAGGGCAUCUCACAGAAUACGACAGGAAGCAUCUUUAAGCCUGAGGGUGGGGGACAGACAGAAGUGACAGGAUCUCCUACUGAAAAGGCUAUUCUUUCCUGGGCAUUGGAGUUUGGAAUGAAUUUUGACGAAGAAAAAUCAAAAUCCUCCAUCUUGCAAGUGGUCACUUUUAACUCAGAAAAGAAACGUGGGGGGGUUGCUCUGAAGAAGUUGCAGUCUCCAUCUGAAGUACACAUUCACUGGAAAGGAGCUGCAGAGAUAAUAUUGGAUCUGUGCAGCUCAUGGAUGGACAGCAGUGGUGUAGUGCAAAACAUGAGUCCUUCCAAGUCUGAUGAAUUCAAGACAACCAUUGAAGGAAUGGCUGCUGCUUCAUUGCGGUGUGUUGCUUUUGCUUACAGAACAUAUGAUACUGAAAGCAUUCCUAGGGAGGAGGUUCAACUUGAAUCAUGGGAAAUUCCUGAAGACAAUCUAACACUUCUGGCUAUUGUUGGUAUAAAGGAUCCAUGUAGACCAAGUGUUAAAGAAGCUGUGAAUUUGUGUCAGAAUGCUGGUGUCAAGGUUCGCAUGGUGACUGGUGAUAACAUCUACACAGCUAGAGCCAUAGCUCUUGAAUGUGACAUACUCAAGUCAGAUCAAAGCAUAGAGAUGCCAACUGUUAUUGAGGGAAAGGAUUUUCGUGCCUUAACUGAAGAAGAGAGGAAUAAAAUUGUGGAUAAGAUUUGUGUAAUGGCAAGGUCAUCUCCUACAGAUAAACUUUUGUUGGUACAAGCUCUGAAAAGAAACGGUGAAGUUGUAGCUGUGACUGGAGAUGGAACAAAUGAUGCACCUGCACUGCAUGAGGCAGAUAUUGGCCUCUCAAUGGGUAUUCAAGGAACAGAAGUUGCAAAGGAAAGCUCAGAUAUCAUUAUUCUAGAUGACAACUUUUCCUCAGUUGUAAAGGUUGUUCGCUGGGGACGGUCAGUUUAUGCAAACAUUCAGAAAUUUAUUCAAUUUCAACUUACUGUAAAUGUUGCAGCACUUACGAUUAAUUUUGUUGCUGCUAUUUCAUCUGGAAAUGUUCCUCUGAAUGCUGUGCAGCUUCUUUGGGUGAACUUAAUCAUGGACACACUUGGAGCUCUUGCGUUGGCUACAGAACCACCGACAGAUCACCUCAUGCACCGACCUCCAGUAGGGCGCAGGGAGCCACUUAUUACAAAUAUAAUGUGGAGGAAUCUUAUUGCUCAAGCGAUUUAUCAAAUUAUAGUCCUCCUUACACUUACCUUCAAGGGGAAGGACAUCCUAAAUCUGAAGGAUGGCAAUGUAGCAGGUCAUGCGGACAAACUUAGAAACACAAUAAUUUUUAAUGCCUUUGUGUUUUGCCAGAUAUUCAAUGAAUUCAAUGCAAGGAAGCCAGAUCAAAAGAACAUAUUUCGAGGACUACACAAAAAUCGUUUGUUUAUUGGCAUCAUAUGCAUGACCCUUAUCCUUCAGGUUAUCAUCGUUGAGUUCCUCAAGAAAUUUGCAAAAACCACUCAACUUAAUCCAAAACAAUGGAUCCUUUGUAUAGUGAUUGGUUUUCUAAGUUGGCCAAUUGCUGCUGUUGUGAAAUGUAUUCCUGUGCCCGAAAGACCAUUUGCUGACUAUUUGCGAAAGAAAUCUAAGAGAAAAGAGUCGUCAGCACCCGGAGAAGCAAGCGCAGAUCACUGAAGAGUAUAAGAGAACUUGUAUGUAUAGGUUUUGUUCGAUGGUGAAACUUGUUGCUGUGUGCCGAUGUAAAUUUUGUGGAGAAAGGAAUGGCGGUGAUUUUUUUUGUAUCCACACCGUGGUUGAGGGUAAAUGUGUUUGUAUGUAUCUUCAGGUGUUCAUCCCUUCUGUACUAAAUCCAUUGAGUGAAAAUGGUUAUAACGACAGACACCAUACAGUGGGAACAAAAGAUGUAAUGUUAGGAGUGGAUAAUAAAAACUCGAAUAACUUUGUGCGGACACCCCAUAAAAAUUGUGAAACCAAUAUGACUGACAUUUUUUCAAAAAAAAAGGGAAAAAGAAAAGCAGCAGCAAAAUAGGCGGUAUGAUUUGUUUUGAAGUGAUUAUGUUUUUCAUGGCAUGCUCCUAAUCUACAUACUACAUUCCUUUAAAUAGAAUCUAUUUUAACAUUUUUA